AAACAAGAUAGAUAUGCUGGAUUUCGUAUCACAAAAUCACAAGUCAAACACUUCCCAAGUGUCUAGGACUGUGUGAUGUAUUUUUGGAUGAUGCGCGCAGAUCCCAGUCGGGUGGCCUUUUGCAGUUGGCAGAUCGUGAUUUUGUCAAUGUCUAUUGUUUCCAAAUGCCGGCUGAGAUCUCUUGGCACGGCACCCAGUGUGCCCAUCACCACUGGGACCACCUGCACUGGUUUCUGCCAGAGUCUUUGAAGUUCAAUCUUGAGGUCCUGAGAGCGGCUGAGAUUUUCCUGUUGUUUUUCGUCAAUGCGACUGUCACCUGGGAUGGCAACAUCAAUGAUCCAAACCUUUUUCUUUUCCACAACUGUGAUGUCUGGUGUGUUGUGUUCCAGAACUUUGUCAGUCUGGAUUCGGAAGUCCCACAGUAUCUUUGUGUGCUCAUUUUCCAGUACUUUUGUAGGUUUGUGAUCCCACCAGUUCUUUGCUGCUGGGAGGUGGUGCUUGAGGCAUAAGUUCCAAUGAAUCCUUUGGGCCACAUUUAUUUAUUUAUUUACAGCAUUUAUAUUCCGCCCUUCUCACCCCGAAGGGGACUCAGGGCAGAUCACAUUACACAUAUAGGCAAACAUUCAAUGCCUUUUUUAACAUAGAACAAAGACAAGACAAACAUAGGCUCCGAGCGGGCCUCAAACUCAUGACCUCCUGGUCAGAGUGAUUCAUUGCAGUGAUUCAUUGCAGCUGCUCUCCAGCCUGCGCCACAGCCCGAGCCCAUCUAUCUGACUACAUUUAGACUUGAGUAGUCCAGGAUGAAUCCCAACAAGGAGAUAAUGCUUCUGGAACAUGGCCAGACAGCCGGGAAAUCUUGCAGCAACCCAGUGAUUCCAGCCAUCAAAGCCUUCCACAACACAUAGACCUCACGCACAACCCAUUAGCCACAGACACGGGCUUUUUUUCUUUUCUUUCCGUGUCAGGAGCAACCUGAGUUGCUUCUGGAGUGGGUAAAACGUCAGGAGAGGAUGCUACUGAGACAUGGCCAGACAGCAGGGAAAUCUUGCAGCAACCCAGUGAUUCCAGCCAUCAAAGCCUUCCACAACACAUAGACCUCACGCACAACCCAUUAGCCACAGACGCGGGCUUUUUUUUCCUUUUCUUUCCGUGUCAGGAGCAACCUGAGUUGCUUCUGGAGUGGGUAAAACGUCAGGAGAGGAUGCUACUGGAACAUGGCCAGACAGCCGGGAAAUCUUGCAGCAACCCAGUGAUUCCAGCCACCAAAGCCUUCCACAACACAUAGACCUCACGCACAACCCAUUAGCCACAGACGUGGGCUUUUUUUCUUUUCUUUCCGUGUCAGGAGCAACCUGAGUUGCUUCUGGAGUGGGUAAAACGUCAGGAGAGGAUGCUACUGGAACAUGGCCAGACAGCCGGGAAAUCUUGCAGCAACCCAGUGAUUCCAGCCAUCAAAGCCUUCCACAACACAUAGACCUCACAACCCAUUAGCCACAGACGUGGGCUUUUUUUCUUUUCUUUCCGUGUCAGGAGCAACCUGAGUUGCUUCUGGAGUGGGUAAAACGUCAGGAGAGGAUGCUACUGAGACAUGGCCAGACAGCCCGGAAAAACUCACAGCAACUCAAGUGACAUUCAUAACCCAAGAACAAAAAAAGGUCGUGUUGCCUAGUGAUGGGCAGAGAAGGGCAUGAGCUGAGGGCGGGGCCGCGGGGGUUGGCGGAGGGAGGGUCCCGAUCCCUGCGCUCCUCCCCCUCCCCCUCCUCCUGCCUUUGCUUCGCCUCCCUUCCUGUCCAGGGCAGAGGCGGGCAAGAGGGGUCCCGAUCCGGAGCCCUAAUUCGAGGAUCCGUGGGUUGAUUUAGCCGAGGCGUUCUUGCCGAGCCUCCAGGCUUGUCCUCCUUCAUAGGGUAUGAGCCGGUUCCCAGACCCUGCUGUGGCCCAGGAACUUCUCAAAGCCACGGCGGGGCUAGCCGAAGCUUUCGCCAACCUGUUGCAAGAAAAGGAGCAACUGCAAGCAUCCCUUGAGACAUUAGUGACCCAGCUCAGGGCUGUGAAUCAGCGGCUGCAGAAGGAGAUCCAAGCGCCCCAGGAGGUGGCCCGGCUCAGGGCUGAGAACCAGCAGCUUCAGCAAGAGCUCCAGGAGGCCAGGAGAAGACAGAGGACGGGAAACCUAAUGUUUAUGUUUCCGUGGUCUAAAAGAGUUUUCCCUAUCCAGGUCCUUGUCACUGGGAAGACCGGAGGUUGUGAAAACCAGUUCUUAAAGAAGGUCUCUGACCACCUUUCCGAUCAUUUUAUGUACCUCAAGCUGGAAAUGUACCAAGAGGGCUCCAGCCACUUCUUGGUGGUCUUCUGCCCGGUGGCAACCUCAGUGGGCAGCGACAUGGCCAACGCUCUCGAGGGUCUUGGCGGUGAGCCCAAGGCGGUCUUGCUGAUGCUGCACCACAAACUGAAGGAGAGCACCUCCCCCGUGGACACCAGGAAGCAGGCGCAUCACCCGGCCGUGGUGCGCACCCUCCACGCUCGCUACACCCUCCAAGAAGGCUUCUACGCCUGCCCGAUGAAUGAGGAGGCCGUGGCCAUUGUGGCCGAAGUCCUGCAAGACCGCUGCAAAGGGGGGGAGGGGGACCCCGCAAUCCCUGGCGCUCCGUCCAAGUCUCAGAAUCUGUUCUGAUUUCAGGAUGCCACUAGCUGCCAGGCAUCACACUAUUGGGCAGAAAAAGAUAUAAAGGAUAAUGAUGUUGGUGACUAUUAUAUUAAUUACUAGCUUUGCCCGGCCACGUGUUGCUGUGGCUUAUGGGAAUCCUUUGUCGGCCAGGUGGAAUAGCAGUGAAUAGCCUUGCAGUCUCAAAGCCUAGCUGUUUUCUGGAGUAGCUGGAGCUGUUUGUUGUAUGAACGUAGAGGCAUGGAUGAGGGGUUGUGCUGCCAAGUUUAGUGUUUCUGGGAUGUGUAAUUUUAUUGUUUUGUCCUAGGCUGAAAUUUCAUUACCCUUUUAUAUAUAUAGAUACUAAAAUUAUUAUUUUACGCUGGUCUCUCUGUUCCCACAGAUUCAACCAUCUAUGGCUUGGAAUAUUUCCAGUAAAAACAAAACAAAACAACAACAACAAUAAUAAUAAUUGUUAGGGUUAGAGUGUGUAGCGGAACCAGCAGUGUCCAGUUAACACCAUGUGCAAAGAAAACCACACCAGGCAGAGGAAUUAAAAGAACAAAGGAACUUUACUUGUUGAGUUGAAAUUAAGUAAACAGUUCAGCAAUCGUACAAUGUCCUUGUAGUUGCAUAGGAUCAAUAACUAAUCAAUCAGCAUUCAAUAUAUCCAGCAUAGCAUAUUCAAACUGCUACUUGACCGUAGCCAGAGAGCUUGCCUUUUCUGUGCUCUCCCUUGAAGCCCAGAUUUCCAACUGACAAUCUCAGCCAUCUGCCAGCAAACCGAUACAUUGUUUGAGGCGUGGCCUGCCUCUGCAAAUACUGAGCUCCUUUUUUUUGCAGAGAUCUUUUCCGAGCAACUUUGCAAGGAUUUCUUUACACACACACACACACAUAUAGCAAUUUGGCGUAAUAAUAAUAACUUUAUUUUUAUAUCCCGCCACCAUCUCCCCAAAGCGACUCGAGGCGGCCUACAUGAGGCAAGGCCCGACAACACAAUGAAAAUAAAAAUACUUAAAAAGCAAUUCACAAUAUAAAAAUAGGAUAAAACAGCAAUAUUGUAACAAUAAAUAAUAAUAUCAACUGGCAACCAGACAGAGUUUCUGUCAUCUUCAUGGGUGGGUAGACUAAAAGCAGCAGUACAGAAUAGAUUGAUAACUAAAGUGCAUUAUUCACGGUCAUCCUAUCCUUUCAGUUAUUUAUUUAUUAUUUACUUAUUUGCAACAUUUAUACCCCGCCCUUCUCACCCAGGGUGGCUUACAAGUUAUAUAUUAUAUAUAUAUACACUAUAUUAUAUUAUUAGCAUAACACAAUAUAAGCAUUAUAUAUUACUAUAUUGUACUAUACCACUAUACUCCAAUAUUAUUAGUACCAUUACAUGUAAUAUAUAAUACAUAAUUAUAAUUGUGUAUUAUUAUUAUUAUUAAUAAUAAUUAAUUAACGUUGUUUUUUAUCACUAAAUAUACAGUAGCUUACAUACUCAGCAAUGCCCGGGUUAGGUCUUUUGUAAGGACAAAUUACCUUCGGAAGUCAGGCUUGGCCACGGUGGUCCACGCUCUUGUUACACCCCAAAUAGACUACUGCGAUGUGCUCUACAUAGGGCUGCCUUUGAAGACUGUUCAGAAGCUUCAAAUGUUCCAACGGGCAGCAGCCAGGUUCCUCACCGGAGCCCUAAACGGUUCUGGUCCAGCCUCCCUGUCCGAACAUAUUUCCGUCUAUGAACCAUCUCGAAGGUUAAGAUUGUCAGGACCCUACUCUCGGUCCCACCACCCUUGAAAGUGCAACUGGUGGGUAUGAGACAGGGCCUUCUCGGUGGUGGCCCCUCAUCUGUGGAACUCCCUCCCCAAUGAAAUCAACAUCUCCCUCCACCCUGUCUUUCAGGAAAGAACUUAAGACAUGUUGGUUGUGGGACCCAGCAUUCGAGCUGUAGUUGGAGCAGUGCAAUAAUGAGAAUGAUUUAACGUGACUAAUGGUUAACCCUUGGACUAUGAUUUUGAACUAGUGUGAUUUUAAUUUAUGUUCUAAUAAUUCAUGUUUCAAUGCUUGGUUUUCCUUGUAACUGGAUUUGUAUGUUGCCAUCGAAUUGCUGCCUGUUCUGAGGCCGCCCUGAGUCCCCUUUGGGGUCAGAAGGAUGUGGGAAAUAAAUAAGUAAAUAUUACAAGUA